AUGCUUCCUGGUCCUCAUUACGAUUUUUAUCAAGACAAAAAACUCAGCUUGGUUUUGGCUCCAUUUUCCGGUGGUCAAGGUAGACCCGGUGUGGAAGAUGGUCCCAAAUACAUGCUAAAACACGGUCUGCAAGACCAGCUGCAAGACUUGGGCUGGAAAGUGGGCGUCCGUGAACCUCUAGCAGGCGUUGAUUACGACAAACGUAACGAACAGGACAAGAGCGACGUUUACCAAAACGUAAAGAGACCCCAAUUGGUCGGAGAAGCCACGGAAAAAAUCCAGAAAUCCGUGCGUGAAUCUUUGGACAACGGAGAAAUGCCAGUCACUUUGGGUGGUGACCACUCCAUUGCCAUCGGAACCGUUUCUGGUGUUUUCAGCAAGUAUCCAGACGCCUGUUUGUUGUGGAUCGACGCUCACGCCGAUAUCAACACCCCAUCGACCACAGACUCCGGUAACUUGCACGGCUGUCCCGUAUCGUUUUUGAUGGGUUUGGAUGCUGAAAACACUCCUCCUUCCCUCAAAUGGGUACCAAACUGCGUCAAGCCAAACAAGAUUGCGUACAUCGGACUCAGAGACGUGGACGAAGGUGAAAAGAAAAUUUUGAAAGAGAACAACAUCAAGGCCUACUCCAUGUACCAUGUUGAUCGCUACGGUAUCAACGGUGUUAUCGAAAUGGCCCUAGAGGCCAUCAACCCAGACGGAACCAGUCCAAUCCAUCUCUCCUACGAUGUGGACGCCGUCGACCCCAUGUACGUGCCUGCCACCGGUACUCCAGUGAGAGGCGGUCUAACUUUGAGAGAAAGUUUGUUUUUGACCGAAAGAAUUGCUGAAACCGGUAGACUCGUUGCCCUUGACGUGGUGGAGUGCAACCCAUCUCUUGCUGCUCAUGACAUUCACGUUGUCGACACCAUUUCCGCCGGUUGCGCUAUUGCCAGAUGCGCUCUUGGUGAAACUCUAUUGUAA